CAUAUGAAAAAAUGGCGGCGUAAACAAAACAAAUGUUACAACUACAGAUCGUUGUAAAAAAACAACGUAUUCAAUAAGCUUUAUCUUGAUCUAAAGCAUGAUGAAGACUCGCAGCCUGUUUGGUGGGUGGUGUUGCCCUCCUUGGUGGGUUAAGUAGUCUGCAAUAGUGUUGCCAGUCACACCUAUGUGACUCGGUACCCACUGCAUAAUUACAGGGGUGCCAUAGUGUUGCUAUAUAUAUAUAUCAUGAUUGCAAACAACUAUGCCUCCACCUACUACUACUGCAGUUGUUUCUGAGUAUGAGAAUUUUGUUUCCCAUAACUCAGAAGGUAGAAAAUAUAAUGUAGCCACUGAAUCUGGAGAUAACUUGGACACUUUAUUUUAUUCAAAAUUUCUUGAACAAAAAAUUUCUAAUUGUCCUAAAGGAAAUACUUCACUACAGAAUAUUUCAAAUAUGCCUUCAAAGUCCCAACCAGAGACAACACAUUUUAUUGAUGAAAAAAGCCCUAUAAAAUCUAAGAAUAAAAUUCCUAUACCAUAUGCUUGGAGUCCAAGUCUUUCAAAAUUAUUGCAUCCUUCCAUUAGUAUCACCCCUGAAAAAACUCCAAAAUGCAAUUCUGAUUCAAACAUUUUGUAUAGUGGAACUAGUAUUGAGUCUCAGGUUGUAAAUAAGAUUCCACAGCCAGCAGCUUGGAGCCCAGGCAUGAUUGUUCACCCUGACCCAUCUUUAUUUAUAACUCCCGAGAAAUCAUCAGCUAAGAGUGAUGGUGGUGACUCCCCUGAAUAUGAUUACAGUAAUUCUGUCUUAAUAUUAAAAACUAUAGAUCAGAAAGAAAAUAUAAAGGGAAACUAUAAAGUUUUAAAAACUAAAGAGAAGCAGUGUGUUAGAUUUGACCUUCCAUCUGCAUCUUCAGGGGAGGAAACAUUAGAUGAAUUCACUACUCCAGAAUCGCCAAUCACUUUAAAAGGUUCCAGUGUCAAUGGCAACAGCUCAAGCCCAGUUUGGAAACCCUUUAGUUUACAAAGAAGCUAUAAUCCUAAUGACUAUUCUGAUGACUCUAUCCUGGAUGAUUCUGCAAUCAGCACGCCUGUGACUAGCUGUAGAAAUUCUUCAACUCCUUAUAAUGUUGCAGACUCUUUAGAAAGAAAUGGUAAACAAAAAGAAGUAACUGUAAACGUACAACAGUCAUCAGGAAUAGUCACUUCUGAUAAGUUAGUCACAGAUGAGUCAGUCAAAACAACCAGCUUGUCUGAAUUUUCAAAAGUCUCUUCAGAUAAAAACAUUCUUAAUUUAUCAAAAAGUCACAUGUUACUUUCUAGAUCUCCAAGCAAAACAAAGGAAGCAGAUAAAUUGAAACAACUCAAGGAUGAGGGGAAAUUCCUUAGAUCUUGCUCUGAGCCCAUAUUGACUCCAUCUUUAAGUGUUGUGAGAGAGGGGAGAGAGAAAGCUGCCACAACAAAGUAUUCGUUCCCCUUUGAAUCAGGAGUGGUGAAGGAUAAGAGCGAGUAUGAGCAUAUAUUUGCUAGACCUGAAUUCAAUUCAACUCUGAAAAUCCGUGGGGAGCUGGACCUUAUCUCUCACCAGGAAGUGGAUGCAGUUAAAACUCUAGAAACAGUUCUAGCCAAAUCAGAAACCAAGAGAACUGAGCUCAAUGAAAAGGCAGCAGCCUGUACCAAUCGUCGAUCAAAUCAAUUCAGAGAUCUGGUGGACAUUGAUCCUUGUAUGGAGACUCUUUGUGACAGGGUUGUCAGAAUGAGGACUAACAAGAUACAAAAUAAAACAAAAACAUCUAAAGUGAUCAAAAAAACAGAUGACAAUGCACCUGACCUGAUGGAAUUCUUCUCAUAUGAUCUUCAGAAAGAAACACCAGAUCUCAGUAUGCCUGGAUUAGCUUAUACCUCUCCGCAACUAGCCAUAGCUCCACAAGAGAUUGCUUUUGAUCUGUAUCGGCACAAUCGCAUGUGGCUAGGUAUUAAGGAUUUCUAGACUGCCAAUUCCAAAUGUGACCUACUGUCAUAAGAUAAUGUUUUAAUAUUUGUGCCAUUUGAAUGAGAGAGUGAUUUAUCGUGUUGAAGAACGCCAUAGAGAAACACUAAAAUAUUUGUAAAAAUAUAAAUAUUUAUUAUCACUUGUGGAGUUCACCCAACUCCCAAUGGACACAGGAUAUUUGGAGGUCAAGUGGUUGGUCUUUCUACUGACCAUAAAACACUUUUCUUAUUUAUUGGCUGUACUCUUCACCCUCUAAGUUAUUUAAUUUUAAAAAGUUUGUACUUCAGUAAAUAAAAAGUUGGUAGUUGCUGUUAUAAUACAAAAAAACAACAACAUUAAGAUUGUUAUUGUUCUUUAUUAAUAAUUAAAUUUUCAAAUUUCACAUAUUUAGAUGUUAAACAAUAAAAUCAUCAUAAAUAUAAUUCUGCCUAAGACAUAUUUGUUUUAUUGUAUUGCUUUAAGCAAAAAAAAACAACAACUAAAACUUGUAAUCAUCUUAGGCCAUUUUCAUAUUCAUAUUAUAAACUGUGUACUGCAUUAUAUGAUUGUAUUGACUAGUUACCUGUUCCUUGAUGUCAUGAUUUGAUGCUUUACUUUUUAUUAAGCAUAUAUUAUUUUGACAAUGUAAUUUUACUACUGAAAAAAAAUUGCUUUGAAAAUAUUUUAUUUUAUUUUGUGUGUGUAAAAUUGAAAAUGAUAGACGAGUUUUCUGUGAUAGAUAUUUUAGUAAUGAAAUGAAGAACUCAUUAGAUAUAAAUGAAGAACUUAUGAGAUAUAAUGAAUGUAGGAAUAGUUUGAAAGUCAAUACUUUCAGUAUUUCUUGCAUAGAGUAUUUCUAUUGUUAGCAUACAUGUUCUGUCUCAAUAACAUCUGUUCCUCCUAGAAGAGACAAUCUAUGCGAUUUUUGCCCAACACAGUUUUUCAACCGAAAAGCAAUUAAAAUAUCAUAGCUUUCUUUGUGAUUCCUAGCAUAGUACCACUCUGCAUUGCAACCCUGGGUGGGCUUUUUCUUUUUUUUUGGGGGGUGGGGGUGUAAUUUAAAAGAAAAGAUCACAAGGCAAAGUCCAUCCUGUUGACCUAUGGUGUUAUGUGGCUGUCACAAUAACUGCUUCAACUUUUUUGUAGAAAUGUUAAGUACUCAGAGACAUUGCCCCCCCCCCCCCUUUUUUUUUUUGAUUUGUUGCUGGCGAGUUUCCAUUGAUCCUGAAGUUAAUGGGGUUGAUGAAUUUCUAGUGGCCUACUCAUUCAACAGUUGGUGAAUUUCUAGUGGCCUACUCAUUCAACAGUUGGUGAAUUUCUAGGGGCCUACUCAUUCAACAGUUGGUGAAUUUCUAGUGGCCUACUCUUUCAACAGUUGGUGAAUUUCUAGUGGCCUACUCAUUCAACAGUUGGUGAAUUUCUAGUGGCCUACUCAUUCAACAGUUGGUGAAUUUCUAGUGGCCUACUCAUUCAACAGUUGGUGAAUUUCUAGUGGCCUACUCAUUCAACAGUUGGUGAAUUUCUAGUGGCCUAUUCAUUCAACAGUUGGUGAAUUUCUAGUGGCCUACUCAUUCAACAGUUAUGGUCAAUUACUUUAAAGCUUCUCAGCCUAACCAGCCCGGUCUCUGAGUUUAUUAGAUAAUUCAACUUGAAAUGGGCACAAUCUUUGAUUCCACGUUUCCCCAGUUCACUAAUAGAAUGUAUGGCCCAUUUGAAAUUCAAUGCGAGAUGUCAUAUGAGUGAUAUGUAUCGGACAUUAUUCUUGUUACACUCUAGUUCCUCCUCCAUAACGGCAGCUGAUAA